AAAACCCAAAAAACCCCCAAAUUUCCUGCAGAUGACGUACGAUUUGUCUCGCUUGACACAGGAUCUUCCACACGAAACAUCAGAGCCGUCGCCGAAAUCGGCGUCGACGCUCAGCUUGCCACCCGGCGAAUCGGACCAAAACGGGAACACGUCGAGUCACGAGGGUGUCACACCACCACGUCGCCGCUGCACCAUAAGCCGCUCAUCGUCAAUCGACUCGAUUUCUGGGGAAACACUAAUCAGCGAGUAUUUCUCGUCCGACGAGCUCGACAAGCUGAGCACUGCACUUAGCGAGGUAACUUUUUAA